UUUGGGAUGAACCACGACGGCGUGGGGAACGCCUGUGGGGCCCGCAGCCAGGACACCGCCAAGCUGAUGGCGGCUCACAUCACCAUGAAGACCAACCCCUUCGUCUGGUCCGCCUGCAGCCGCGACUACAUCACCAACUUCCUGGAUUCGGGGUUGGGCUCGUGCCUGAGCAACGUGCCCCUGAAGCAGGACUUUGUGUACCCCACCACCGCGCCCGGCCAGGCCUACGACGCCGACGAGCAGUGCCGCUUCCAGCACGGGGUGAAGUCACGCCAGUGUAAAUACGGGGAGGUGUGCAGCGAGCUGUGGUGCAUGAGCAAGAGCAACCGCUGCAUCACCAGCAGCAUCCCCGCGGCGGAAGGAACCAUCUGUCAGACCAACACCAUUGAGAGAGGAUGGUGCUACAAGAGGGUGUGCGUGGCGUUUGGGACCCGGCCCGAGGGCGUGGACGGAGGGUGGGGCCUCUGGUCCCCGUGGGAGGAGUGCAGCCGCACCUGUGGGGGAGGGGUCUCCUCCUCCGUUCGGUUCUGCGACAGCCCCAGGCCAACGAUCGGUGGAAAAUAUUGUCUGGGAGAGAGAAAGCGUUUCAGAUCCUGCAACAUCGAUGAGUGCGCCGCCGGCUCUCAGGACUUCCGGGAGAUCCAGUGCUCGGACUUCGACAGCGUGCCCUUCCGCGGGAAGUUCUACACCUGGAAGCCCUACAGGGGAGGGGGGGUGAAGUCCUGCUCGCUGAACUGCCUGGCGGAAGGAUACAACUUCUACACAGAGCGCGCUCCGGCCGUGGUGGACGGCACUCCUUGCCGAGAUGAUUCUCUGGACGUCUGCGUCAACGGGGAGUGCAAGCACGUGGGCUGUGACCGCAUCCUCGGCUCGGACGUGCGGGAGGACCGCUGCCGGACCUGCGGGGGCGACGGGAGCGGCUGUGAGGUCAUCGAGGGCGUCUUCAACGACUCGCUGCCCGAAGGAGGUUAUGAAGAAGUGGUCAGGGUCCCUAAAGGAUCAGUGUUCAUUCACAUCCAGGAGCUCAACGUCUCACUCAACUACCUGGUGCUAAAGGGCAAAGGGGACCAGUACUUCAUCAACGGGAAGCUCACCAUCGACACGCCGCGCAGGUUCGAUAUCGCCGGGACGACCUUCCACUACCGGCGGCCCGCGGACGAGCCGGAGACCCUGGAGGCCCUGGGACCCACCAACAUCACCCUCAUCGUCAUGGUCCUGGUAAGGGAGGCGAACCCAGGGAUCAGCUUCCGCUUCAACCCACCCAUGAACCGCAACGCGCUGAGCGGACACGUCUGGCAGUACGCCCCCUGGUCCCGCUGCUCGGCCCUGUGUGCCGGAGGGGUUCAGGUCCAGCAGGUCGUGUGCAAGAAGCAGGCCGAUCACACCGUGGUGUACAACCACUUCUGUGACAAGAGGAGCAGACCCAAGGACAAGAAGAGAGCCUGCAACUCUGAGCCUUGCGCGCCAACCUGGUGGGUGGGUAACUGGUCAGACUGCAGCAGAAGCUGUAACGGGGGCCUGCAGACUCGGGAGGUCCUGUGCAAGAGGAAGAUCUCCCCCACCGAGGAGAAGGUCCUGGACGACAUCGCCUGCACCCUCCCGCGACCCCCCCUCACUGACCCCUGCAACAACCACACCUGCCCCCCCGAGUGGCUGCCUUUGGACUGGUCUGAGUGUUCUCCUAGCUGUGGCCCAGGCUACAGGCACCGUGUUGUCCUGUGUAAGAGCGGAGAGAGCGGGGACACCAUGCCGGAGUCUAACUGCCCGAAACAGAGCCGCCCCACCACCAGGGUGCGCUGUAACCUGCAGCGCUGCCCUCCGCCGCAGUGGGUGACGGGACCCUGGGGAGAGUGCUCCUCUAAGUGUGGGCUGGGUCAGGAGAAGCGAUCUGUGCAGUGUCUCACGCGCACCGGCCAGCCGUCCAGCGAGUGCCUGGACGCCCAGCGGCCCGCCGCCAUGCAGCAGUGCCAGAGCCGGUGCGACACUGGCCCCACGGACAGCCCCGAAGAAUGCAAAGACGUGAACACAGUGGCAUACUGCCCCCUUGUGGUCAGGUUCAAGUUCUGCAGCCGACCGUACUUCAGGCAGAUGUGCUGUAAGACCUGCCAGGGGCACUGAGCCUCUUCUUCCUCCUCCUCCUCCUCCUCUUCUGGGCCUGAGACCAUCCCAGCUGCACAUUCCACUUUGGGGGGGGGGG